AAAUAUCAGCUUGCUUUCCUUGCCGCAACCGAGUGUGUGUUUGUGUGUGUGCUUCUUCUUACCCCAAUUACUAGGGGUGUGCACACACUAAUGUCGCGCCAUCUUCAUCGUCUUCGGCUAAACCAUACUCCGCCUCGAUUUCAUUUCCAACUCAGCUGAACUGAACUGCACUACACUGAAACUCAACUCGACAGCUCGACGGCUCCAACAUUCUUCGAGGCAUAGCCGCACAUUCAUUUCGUAUCGCGCUUUAACUCGAACGCGUGCUACGAACGUCUAACGCGCUACUCACUCGCAGUUUUGUUGGUUGUUAGUGUCGGUCUGAUUUUGAUUUGGUGGCGCAAAAUUUGAAAAAUUGCAAAGAUUACUGCCAAAUAUUUAUUGAUUUGCUACUCUUCGGUGUAUCAGAGUGACAAGCGGACGAGCGAGCGAGUUAGCAGUGAAGUCGUUAGAUAUUAACGUGUUCCCAUUAGAGAAACUUUGAAGGGAAACAGCCAAAGUUGAUAACGAAUAAUUGCGAAAAAGAGUGCUUCGUUGUUGUUAUUGUUGUUGUUGCUAGAAAAAAAAAGAGUUUAAGAGAAAUAAAAUAAAAUUAAAUUUACUUAAAAUGCAGUCAACAAUCCUCGCCAGUGUUUUGAUGCUCUUAUUGGCCGUACAGCAGGGUGCCGCCAUCAAAUGCUACGUCUGCAAUAGUCACAAAGAUGCCAAUUGUGCAUUGGAUAUACCACCAGAACACUUGCUCAAGGACUGCCAGGAAGAUUAUUCGACACGCGGCAAGGGCAUACCGACCUAUUGCCGCAAGAUUUCGCAAAUCAUUGAAUUUUCGGUGAAUAAUUUACCACCAGAUAGCCGUGUCAUACGCUCAUGCGGUUUCCUCAAUCAAACACGCACCAAUUACUGUUAUCAACGCGCCGGUUUCGGUGGCCGCCAAAUAGUAUGCUCCUGUGACAUGGACAACUGCAAUGGCGCCGGCGCGCUCAACCCAUCCGCUGUGGUGAUGUUUCUCGCUGCUGCUGCUGCCAGCGGUUGGGCUGUACUCUCAUUACUGAAGAGCUCAUUGGUUUAAUUGCCAGGCACAACAAUAGAAAAAGAAAA